UAUAUAUAAUAUUGAUAGUUGUUAUACUACUAUUCCAUUUUCAAAUUCCAAAUGGCCAGCUCUUCUUCUUACAAACCUCCUUACACUCCCCUGUCGGAUCGAACCGUGUCCGCCGGAGCUCCGGCAAAUCACCGGCGAUCCUUAAAGUUUGUGUCCUCCAUCACUCUCCUCUCCUUACUUUGUGUAGUUUUAUCCAUCCUUGUAGUCCGCAAUCAUUCAUCCUUUCCAAAAUCUGAACUGCUCAAAGAUGGAACUUCACAACAAUCGUCUCCGCCCCUAAGGGCCGCCGGCGAUGGGGUUUGGACUAAUCGGAUGUUGUCUUGGCAAAGAACAGCUUUCCAUUUUCAACCCCCAAAAAGCUGGAUGAAUGAUCCUAAUGGUCCACUAUACCACAAAGGAUGGUACCACCUUUUUUACCAAUACAACCCUAGUUCAGCUGUUUGGAUGGAGAACAUGACUUGGGGUCACGCAGUAUCAAGGGACAUGAUUCGUUGGCUCCAUCUACCUUAUGCCAUGCUCCCUGAUCAACCCUAUGAUCUACGUGGCGUUUUUACCGGGUCUGCCACAACCCUCCCUGAUGGCCAGAUCAUGAUGCUCUACACUGGAAAUACUAAUGUGCAGGUACAAAAUCUUGCAUACCCAGCCAAUCUAUCUGACCCGCUCCUCCUUAAAUGGAUUAAGUAUUCGGGCAACCCGGUUAUCGUCCCCCCUCCCGGCAUUGGUUUGAUGGAGUUUAGGGACCCAAGUUCAGCAUGGGCAGGCCUAGAAAAUGGGCAGUGGUUUAUUAGUAUAGGGGCACAGGUUGGGAAAACAGGCGUUGCAUUUGUUUAUGAAACUACCGACUUCAAGAGCUAUAAGCUCUUGGAUGGGUUCUUGCAUUCAGUUCCGGGUACAGGUAUGUGGGAGUGUGUGGACUUCUAUCCGAUUUUAACUGGUGAUGAAAUUGGGUCAGAUUCUUCAAAUAAAGGGUUGGAUGUCAAGCAUGUGUUAAAAGUUAGUUUGUACGAUGAAGGACAUGAUUAUUAUGCUAUUGGGACAUAUGACCCGAUUAAAAACAAGUGGGUACCAGAUUUUCCAGAAUUGGAUAUCGGACAUGGUUUGAGAUUCGAUUAUGGGAACUAUUAUGCAUCAAAGGCAUUUUAUGACCAAAACAAGAAUAGAAGAAUUUUGCUGGCUUGGAUUGCGGAAAGUGAUCCUCAAGAUGUUGACCUGUUGAAGGGUUGGGCAUCACUACAGGGCAUUCCUAGGACACUGCAUCUUGACAAGAAGACAGGAAGUCAUCUGCUUCAGUGGCCAAUUGAAGAAGUAGAGAGCUUGAGAUCAGGUGACCCCAUUGUCACACACCUCAAUCUUCAACCAGGUCAAAUCCUACCAAUCCACAUUCCAGCUGCUUCGCAGUUAGACAUUAGUGCCUGGUUUGAAGUGGAUGAAGAGGCACUUGAAGGUGAAGGUGAAGGUGAUUUUAGGUACAACUGCAGUAGCAGUGGCGGUGCUGUUAAGAGAGGCGCUUUGGGGCCAUUUGGUUUGGUAGUUGGAGCUGAUGAAACACUUGCCGAGCUAACGCCUAUUUACUUCUAUGUUCAAAAGGGUGGUGAUGGGAAGGCAAAGGCUCAUUUCUGCACCGACUUGACUAGGUCAUCAGAAGCAUCUGGAGUUACGAAAGAAGUUUAUGGUAAUAGCGUACCUGUUAUUGAUGAUGAAAAAUAUUCAGCAAGAAUAUUGGUUGACCAUUCAAUCGUGGAGAGUUUUGGCCAAGGAGGAAGAACAGUUAUAACAUCAAGAAUAUAUCCAACCAAAGCAAUAUAUGAAGCGGCAAGAGUUUUCUUGUUCAAUAAUGCCACAGGCACAAGUGUUAAAGCGUCUGUGAAGAUAUGGCAAAUGAAUUCAGCUGACAUUAAGCCAUUCCCAUUUUGAUCAAUUCUUGAAUUGUUUGCUUCCAAUUCACUUUCUCAAUUGUCAUCUGCCUUAGCUUUUAUAUGAA